GAACUUCUGGUCAGUCCAAAUAGCGCGAUCAACCGAGAUACACCUGUGAAACUUAAUACAGAAAUCUAAAAAGUUAAUUCAAAAACGAGUUUAAAAGUUAGUCGUGUACUUGAUUUAUGGAGUGUACGAAGUGACUCGGAAAAGACUUGGAAAGUUAAAUAAUUUUCAGUUUACGCCUUAACAACCUCAAGGGAAUUAAAAAAGGGAAAAUUUAUUACUUUUGAGAAAAAACAUAACACUUCGACGCGUUAGGAAAAUGUUUCGCCUUCCUCUAUUUGUUCUUUUAGCGCUGAUACCGGCUGCAUUUAAUCAGUUUAUCACAUUGAAAGAUGGAAAAAUUGGCGUGAAUUUCGCCGGAUAUCAUGCUGAAGCUGGUCUUGGUGGUCUUUUAACAGGCAACGCAGCCCAUGGUGGCUUGUCAGCGUCAGCUGGAACGCCAUUUGGCCAAAGAGCUGGUGCAGGCAUUGGCGGAACUGUUAACAAUGGACAAAGUCGCGGGGGUGCUUUUGCUGGAGCAAGUGCUGGAUAUGGAGCUGGCGCUAGUGCAGCACUUGGAGGAAAAGUAGAUGAGUAUGGAGGAGCGGGUGGGCUUGGCUCAGAAGCACACGCCGGAGGGAUUAGCACAAAAACUGUUAAGCUUUCGCAAACACCACAACAACCAGUUGCUGUAAUCGACCAACGUUCGUCAUUUGACGAUGAAACUUACGAAGAGGCACCACCAGUCGUCCAGCAAGUGCCGGUAAGAAGCCGAAAACGUUUCUUCAAAAGAAAACAAUUUCGUAAUAAUCACAAAGCGGUUCAAGUUGAAAGACGCAUUGAUGCUUCACCAAAUUAUGUGACUUAUAAUCAACCUCAGAGCAAUUUUGAUUAUCGUAACUUUUUGGACUUUGGUUUCUUCUCGAAUGCUGGUGCUAGCUUUAGUGGUGCACCACAUCCAGCCACACAAAGGGGACGAGUUUUCAGUUAUCAGAAGCAAUUGGGCCCAGACACUGUAGUGUUACACAAGACUGUAAUACCCGCUCAAUAUCUUCAACAAACACAUUCUGAGGCAAAAGUUGAUCAACGAUUAAAUGACGAAGCUGAUUUCAACUCUGAUAACUUUGAGAAUGAUGAUGUUACAGAGAAAACAAAAGUUAAAUCUAUUGUAGCAGUUGAACAAACGCCGGUUGAAAUGGUGGUACAAGCUCCAAAAGUGGCACCUGAAGCCCCAGUUCAAGUGCCAAUCCAAUCUGGUGGAGCAACAACUUACACCGCAACGAAGCAAUUCAGAGCAAAUCCAACAUUCUUUGCCGACAUUUUCAACAUUCCAAUUUCAACUCUCAAUGCUGUUAGUCAGUUUUUAAGUAACGGAGCUGCAAGUGGAAGUGUUGCUGUUACAAAAACCAAAACUGUUGAACAUAUUCACUAAAAGAAUUUUAAUAGAACAACUUUUUUAAUUUGUAAACUAUUUUUUGUAAUUGAUGAUUAUAAUCCAAUAACAAAUUCCUUGCUAUCUACAUAGUUUUUUCUUUUUUAAAAGGUAUCUAAUACAUUUCAGUUGAGUUAUUUGUUAUGGUACUUCACUGUAAGUGAUCAAAAGCUUUAGUUAAACUUACGAUAAAACCUUAUCUAAUUAAUUUUACUCAAAAUGAAAUGAAAUAUGAGCAAAGCAUCUCACAAAUUUCCAACUAAAAAGCUUUUAGUUCACGUCAAGACUUGUGAGUCCAACUAUCGUUCUUUGUAUAUGGUCUGAUGAUUACAUGAUGAGAACAACUUUCCGCUUGAGAUUACUCAUAUCAUAUGAUCUGAAAUAUGAUUCCUAAAGUACUUUUAUAUGUACAAAACUAUUCUAUGUUACUUGCUAACUUGUUUAUUUAUAAACAUCAUGUUACUUACUCUACGAACAACAGCAAAAAAAAUGAGUUUCGUAUGAGUAUCGUUCUUUAAAGCUUUGAUUCCUUCAAGGAUUCCUGGGGAUGAAGAAAGAAAAAAGUUUAUUUCUUUUCCCAUCAGAUCUUUUAGCUUUUUUUUGUUUGCCAAAACAGCAUAUGUUUGACAGUUACAAGAAAAUUGAAGAACAUAAAAGUGUAUAAACAUAAGCAUUACAAUAACAAAACAACGUUUGUGCGUUGAUGAGAUCGUAAAACGAAAAAGAAAAGAAAGAAAUCCUAUUCAUAGCAUUCAUUUAAAUUCAUAAAGACUCAGUAAUAAAUAAGAAUGAAGAAGAAGAAAAAUAUGAAACGAAAUUAUAAUGAAGAAGAAAAAUAAAUUUGGAUUUCAAAUGACAAGGGAAAUUUUGGAAAGCAAAGAAAAAGGGAAAAAAUUAAGACAUAAAUUUUUUAGAAUAACACAAUUGGUUUUUAUUUUGUAAUUCAUGUUUUCUAAGAUAAUUUCACGUCAAAGUUAUGAUGUUGCGCAUAAAAAUGUGAUAAAAGGAGUAAAAAGGUCAAAGAAAUAAAACAACAGGAAACUGUAAAAGGAGGCGAUGAUGAACGACACGACGAUAAAUGCUUGAUAUGAAUCAUCACUCUGCAGGUGUAGCUUACAGUCAGGUUAUCCUUUAGCUUAUCAGUUCUUGUAUCAUAAUACUAUCGUAGAUAUAUGAUCUUCUCAUGUAAUAAAAAAUAUUUAUUUAUAUGAGAAAAAUGAUUGAAGAUGAAAAAUCUCACAAAUAAAACGGAUAACUGUCUCCAACGAAAAACAUUUAGUCAUGUUUGUGUACAUAAAAAACUUUGAUUAUCAAACACGUCCUAAAGUAUUCCCAUAAAACUAUGGUGUAUGUUAGUGUUAUUUAUUUUUAAGCAUUAUGGAAAAUCAGGCUCUGUUGCUUCGUGCUUUUUAUUGCCUCAAAAAUAUUAUAAUAUAAUAAAUAAAUUUUUAAUCCUUUGUAAGUUAUGUAACCAAAACUCAAAAAUUUUAAUAGUUCUUUUGUUAUACACAUCCCGAUAUGAUCUUUGCUCACAUUUGUUCAAAAUUUGGUUUCAACAUUAAAGGCUUAUACAUUCCAGUUUUACAUUGAUGCUUCAUGCUAAAAGUUUUAGAAUGCUUGAACGGAAUUUUUCAGAUAAAAAUAUUUGGAAAC